AGAAUGAAAAUGAGUUCUGCGUUGGGCAGAGAAUUGAUGGAUGAACGCAUUCAUGGAAAUUAAGUUAAUUUUGCAAAAAUAAUUUCCGCGAAAAUUCCUUCUUUCCAUUCCAUUUCUCCUCCACCUCCAUCGCCAAAACCAACCCACCCUCUCUCUCUCUCUCUCUCUCUCUCGCUGUCAUAUCCCCUCAGCAGCAGCAGCUGUGCAAUUCUACGGUCGGCUCAGAGGUGUUUUUGAUGCGGGGAGAUGGAUCAAGGAGUGGUGAUGCUGCAGUUGACGAUCACUGCGGAGACGUAGCUGACUUGGAGAAGCAGGGCGGUGCUCCAGUGUCCGAUCGUCCAGGCGGUAUCGACCGCGUGCCUAUGGCACCGCCGCAGCCCCCAUCACUACCACCAAUGCCUUCGCCGCCGAUGCCGCCGCUGCUCCCACCAUUGCAUCUGCCAACGGCGCCACAGCUGUUGCCACCUGUCACGAUUGUGGUGUCAACGGGGGAGCCGCUUGCGCCACCUGAGGGCACAACAAAGGCUUUGGAAUCUCUUGAGGAGCUGGCUGUGGUGGCUUCUCCUAAAAAGGGUUACUUAUCGAGAAAUGGGAGCUCUCAUGAGCAAUGCAGAGUUUGUCAGCAGGACAAAGAUGAGGCAUUAAUAGACCUUGGAUGCCAAUGUCGAGGUGGGCUUGCAAAAGCUCAUCGGUCAUGCAUAGACACAUGGUUUCGGUCGAAGGGAUCAAACAAAUGUGAGAUAUGCCAACAAGCAGCUACAAAUGUGUCACCUCCAGAGCCCCUUCCGACUGGAAACUCUUGGAUUUGGAGGGUCGAUCCAGCCUUAAGAGGUUCUGUUAUUACAGAGGAGCGCAGGACUUGUUUUAGUCCUCUUUGGGUUGCAUUCUCAAUCCUCAUUGGUGGUCUCCUGUUAGACGUGCUCAUAUCUGUCACUCUCGGUGUCUCGGCCCUCCCUGUGAACAUCAUUAUCGGAGUCAUCGUUGUGCUCGGAUUAGGAACUGCGCUUCGGCUCACGCUUGAAUUCUGCCAUGAAUGGAGCUUAAGGAGAGUCGUGCAGAGGGUGGAAACAAAUGUAAAUCUCGGGUACCAUCCUGCACUAUGAGUUAUUACUGUAAAUAAGAAAGAGAGGUGGUGGAACAUGAUGGUUAAUCCGGAACGGCUCUACAGUUGUCUAUAAGUUUUAAGGUGGCUGGUUUAGUCUGCGCAGGCCUGAUAGGAGUAUAGGAGACGCUGUCUGUUAUUGUGUUGUGUUACUCUGAUUGAUUGGUUUAUAUAUAUAUCGCUUUGGAUUUGGAAGUA